AUGAAUCCCAAACUAGACCAUGAAACUAACGACGCAAUCACGAUCGCCCCUCCGAUAGAGCUGAGCCUAAUUCCAAAUACAAAAGCUAAACAAAAUGGCCCAUUCCUAGUCGUAUUCGCCGAACCAUUCGAUGCCGAAAAUCCAAAAGACUGGCCAAAAAGCCGUAAAUGGGCCGUGACAGAUGUUCUCUCUGCGACUGGCUUCAACCGCAUUAUGGUAUCGACUAUCAUGGCACCUGCGCUAUCAACAAUCGCCAAAGAAUUGGACAUGACAUCGGCCGAAUCAGCUAUGGCGCUCUCCAUCUACCUCUUGGCCACUGCAUUUGGACCCUUGUUCAUUGGUCCAUUGUCAGAAGUCUAUGGAAGGAAGCCUACCCUACACGCCUCGAACAUUUGGUUUUUAGUUUGGAAUAUUGCUUGUGGAUUUUCCAAUAGCAAGGAAAUGUUGAUUGCAUCUCGCUUUUUGGCUGGAUUUGGGGCUAGUGCUAUCUAUGCGCUGGCUAACGGUGUACUCGGAGAUGUAUGGCGGCCUGAGCAGCGUGGUAGGUCUUUGGGGAUGUACUUGUUGAUCCCACUCUUGGGUGCCGCUGUCGGCCCUAUAAUCGGUGGAUUCAUGGCCGGCCGCACAACCUGGCGCUGGAUGUUCUGGGCCACAUCAAUCUUCCAAGCCAUAAUGAUCUUAGUUUCCUUCUCAGCAUUCAAAGAAACCCACGCACCAUCCAUCCUACGCCAUCGCGCAAAGAACAUCCGAAAAGAAACAGGAAACCGGCAAUACCAAACCACCAACGAACUUCUCCACGCCAACAAAUCCCCAUCCACAAUUCUAGCCCAAGCACUUAUCCGCCCCCUCCGCCUCCUAACCUCCCACCCAAUAAUCCAAUUAACCUCCUUAAUCUCCGCCUUCUACUACGGCAUCCUCUACAUAGUCCUUUCAACAUUCUCAGACCUCUGGAUGAAGCAAUACGACCAAUCCGUCGAAAUAAGCGGCUUACAUUAUAUAUCCUGCGCCCUGGGCGAAAUAGCAGGAAGUCAAAUCGGCGCCAAAAUGAUGGACAUGUUAUACCGCCGUCGAACAUCCCAUUCGAACGAAAACGAAAAUGAAGCCCAUAUCCCCGAAUCACGAAUAAUACUCGCUUUCCCCGGCGCGGUCCUCGGACCUUUGGGACUCUUUUUAUAUGGAUGGGCUGCUCAGGCGCGACUGCAUUGGUUUGUUGUCGAUGUUGGAAUCUUUUUUGCUAUGCUCGGCAUGCAGAUUACGGAUAUGCCGUUGACGGCGUAUGUUAUGGAGUCGUAUCCUGAGUAUACUAGUAGUGCUGGGGCUGCGGAGCAGUUUUUACGUAGUUUGACGGCGUUUUUGUUUCCGCUUUUUGCGCCGAGGUUAUAUGAGGUUCUUGGCUAUGGGUGGGGGAAUAGUACUAUUGCGUUUAUUGGAUUGGUUUUUGGGCUUCCGGCUCCGUUGGUGAUUCUGCUCUUUGGAGCAAAGCUUAGGGCCAGGACUAGAUUGAUUUUUUGA